ACAAGGAACAUGAUCUUAUAAGUUCAUUUUCGUUUGUGUUGCAAUAGAAACCUUCCACAAAAAUGGUAUCCAUCAAAGCUUAUCACACAGUAGUUCCAAAUGAACCAACUCCAGAGGGUUUUCAAUGGCUGUCUGAGCCUGAUCAAAUGGCGAUUCAGAGCCAUACCCAGACCAUCUAUGUUUACAAUGCAAAGCACAACCAUGACGCAUUAGUUGAACACAUAAGAAACUCUCUUAGCAAGAUUUUGUGUUACUACUAUCCAGUGGCUGGUAGAUUGAGAAAGUUAGAAGAAGGUGGCAGAUUGGAAUUGAAUUGUAAUGCAAAAGGAGCGGUGUUGAUUGAAGCAGAAUCCACAAAAACAGUGCAUGAUUAUGGUGACUUUAUGGGUGACUCCGCCAAGGACUUGGUUCCAAAAGUUGAUUACACAAACACCCCAAUUGAGGAACUUCCCUUGUUAGUAGAUUUAAUAAAAUCACCUGAUACUUGGCAUAUACUAAACAUGGAUAUCUAG